AGGGUACUUUUUCUUACUUUACAGAGAGCGCUUACCGUAGAUUCACGUCGCUAUGGCGAGCAGAAAACAGCCAAAACGGGAUAGUGGUGACAAAUACUCAAUACUGUUACCUACCUACAACGAAAGGGAAAACCUGCCUUUAAUAGUGUGGCUUUUGGUGAAAUAUUUCGGUGAAAGUGGAUAUAACUACGAGAUAAUCGUCAUUGACGACGGAAGCCCAGAUGGGACACUGGAGGUGGCAGAGCAGUUGCAGAAAAUAUAUGGAGAGGAUAAAAUACUUCUACGACCAAGAGCGAAAAAGUUAGGCCUUGGCACUGCCUACAUCCACGGCAUGAAGCAUGCUACUGGGAACUUCAUCAUCAUAAUGGAUGCAGAUCUUUCCCAUCAUCCCAAAUUCAUCCCGGAAUUUAUUGAAAAGCAGAAGGAAGGCAAUUACGACCUGGUGUCUGGGACUCGAUACCAGGGGGACGGAGGCGUGUAUGGCUGGGACCUGCGCAGGAAACUCAUCAGCCGGGGAGCCAACUUUCUGACUCAAGUGUUGUUGAGACCUGGUGCUUCAGACCUGACGGGCAGCUUCAGGUUGUAUAAGAAGGAGGUGUUGGAGAGUCUGGUGGAGCGCUGCGUGUCUAAAGGCUACGUCUUCCAGAUGGAGAUGAUCGUCCGCGCCAGACAGCUCAACUACACGAUCGGAGAGGUUCCCAUUUCCUUCGUGGAUCGAGUUUAUGGAGAGUCCAAACUGGGAGGGAAUGAGAUCGUGUCUUUUGUGAAAGGACUGAUCACACUCUUCGCCACGACAUGAUCAAUGAUGUCAUCGGUUUGGACACCCUACAGUCAUAUAGUGUUCCUUUGACUUUUCAAGUGGCUGUCUUUAUUACAGUAGUUGUAUCAGAAUAUUAAUGGGGAAAAGCUGCACUUGCCUAUGGCCAGACAGUGACAUGACAGCAUAUGACAAAGGAGACAUCUCUCUCCUCUGUUAGCAGUAAAUACUAAAUAAUUCCCUGUCAGUAGUCGUCCACAAUACAGAAGGAACACGGUGCUUAACAUUCCCAUCACAAGCACACAGUGUCAUCAUUCCCAGUCCAGACAGCUGGCUGAAUUCUACAUUUACACGGUUGUCAGAUGGGUUCAGUACAUUAAACUGCUCCACCUGUGAUUGUUUGUAUAAAAUUAAACAGUUUGUAUUGUU